AUGGGGGUACCUUUAUUUGGGGAUAGCAAGCCCUUCUAUUUCCGAUUCUGGAAUGGACUAAGUCAAAAGUUGCAAGGCAAAAAAUCCUGGGAUAAACAUCUGGAUGAAAUCUACUUACUCCAGCAGAAAAGGAUCUGGGAAUCUCCACUCCUCCAGGCUGCCAAAGAGAACAACCUCCCAGUCAUUAGGAAACUUGUCACUGAUGGAACAUGUGAUAUCUAUCAGAGAGGUGCAGUGGGGGAGACUGCCCUUCAUGUAGCUGCCUUGUAUGACAACAUGGAGGCAGCAGUGACACUGAUGGAAGCAGCUCCUGAGCUUGUCAAUGAAAGGAUGACAUCAGAGCUCUAUGAAGGGCAGACAGCUCUCCACAUUGCAGCAGUGAACCAGAACAUCACUUUGGUGAAGGCUUUACUCAAGAGAGGGGCCAAUGCCUGCACAGCAAAGGCCACUGGGCAAUUCUUCAGGCGCAGCUCCCAAAACCUUCUCUAUUUUGGAGAGCAUGUUCUAUCAUUUGCUGCUUGUGUGGGAAAUGAGGAAAUUGUACAGUUGCUCAUUGACAAUGGAGCUGACAUUAGAGCCCAAGAUUAUCUGGGUAAUACUGUGCUUCACAUCCUGGUUCUCCAACCUAAUAAGAUGUUUGCCUGCCACAUGUACAGCUUGAUACUUUCCUAUGACAGGAACAAGGAGGGACCGGGAUCACUUGAAUUGAUUCCUAACAAUGAGGGACUUACUCCAUUCAAACUGGCUGGAGUUGAAGGCAACACUGUGAUGUUUCAAUACCUUAUGCAGAAGCGGAAGCACAAUCUCUUGUCCUUUGGCCCCUUGACCACUGUGCUCUAUGAUCUCACAGAGAUUGACUCCUGGGCUGAAGAUCAGUCCUUCCUGGAGCUCAUUGUCUCAGCCAAGAAGAGAGAG